CAUAACCCCACUUUUUAGGUGGAUUUAUGGGAUUUGACAGCUGUGAAGUGGAAAUUUUUGUGUUUUUAUGUAAAAAUCUGCAAUUUUUCCCCCAUAAAUACGUGUUUAUCUGCAUUAUUUGAACAUUAUAGUCCCUGUGGGAGAAGUCAUGCUAGGCAAAAACGGUGCAUCUACAUCAAAGGGGCGUACUCUAUGUGGAAAGUCAAUUUCAAUACCAUCGCCUGAUUCUACCGGAUGCACUUCACUGCCUCAUAUUAAGACCCAAGAUCUUCUAAAAUUACACGCUGCCCUUGGAAGACCCCAAGAUUCCUACCUUCCGACCGAGGAUUUGGACAGUAUUCAGUUGGAAUUGGAGAAUCUGCUGUCAACCGUAGCCCUGAGGUUCCGAUACCUCAAAGCCGAGUACGAGACACUGGACAAAGUGGAAGAUCGUCGAGAGAAGAAGGGGAAGUUCAUGGAGAAGGCUCCGGCAUCACCGGGGAAGCGCAAGAAGUUAGAGGAAAAGAACAAACGUGAUGGUCCCAGCAAGAUGUUUGGCGGUCAAUCGAAGAUAUCCAAAUUGAAGCCACAUCAGGUGAAUUCACCUGCUCCAUCCCAGCACACGGACGACAGCAUGGAUGCUGUAUUGCAGUUCCAUGGAAACCUCAAGGAUAAUCCCAAAUUAUCAUUGCCACGCAAUGACACGCCAAAUAAAUUUUGGCUCUCAGUGGAACCCUACUGUAUGCCCCUCACGCACGAAGAUAUUCGCUUACUGGACAAUCUCAUUGAGGAAUAUUCGGACAAUUUGAUUCCCCCAAUUCCAGAACUUGGGCCACAUUUCACCGAACAGUGGUCCAUUGAUGACAUAAAGGAUGAACAUUUCAACAAGGGAAAAUCGAGAAUGGGAUCAGCAGGACUUGUGAAGAAAAGCGAAAGGCCAAUGGGGGACAAUGUAACAGGUCCAUUGACUCAGAGACUUGUCUCUGCGCUGAUGGAGGAGAAUCUCAUACCGGACAAUGUGACAACGAGUGCAGAGAAUAGCAAUAGUGGUUCGGACAAUACAUCAUCAGACUUUGCAAGCAAUCGCAGUUCUUUGCCGCCACUGAAAAAUGGCAUUUGCAUUGAGAGACGUGUUCGGAAGGAAUUGAUUGAUCAGGGAAUACUCGAUCCGGAUGAUUUUCCGCGGGAUGAUGAAAUCCUGUCGGAAAUCAAGAGAGUCAGAACUGAAUUGUCUGCCAUAGCUGAGUAUAAUAGCAAUGAGCUGAAGAAGUUGUAUACGUUGGCCAAGGAUGAAAUGAGACGGUUGGAAUUGAAGAGAAAAUUGGAUUCAGUUGAUCAAGAGAUAAUUGAAACGUACAAAAAAGUUGUUGCUGCCAAGCAAAAACGCAGAGAACUCACCAAGCAGGAGCGUGAUGAUAUUUUCCGUUUGACAGAGGAGCAGAAAAAACUCUCUGAUCAAUUGGAAGCAAUGCUUGCGCCUGGAUUAAACAACACCGUCAAUUAAUAAGUUUAUUCUGGGCUGCCAAAGUGACUAAUAAAAUAUUUGAAGUUUUUUUUUUGUAAUAAUGCAAUCAUCCAUGCUCACCUCAAUACAAGAAUAUUAUGUAGUUGGUAUAAAUAUAUCUAAUAAAAGAAGACAUAGACACUUUGAAUGCAUCUCUUUUGCCUUUAUACCCACAGAGAUGACCAUUUGCAGAUUACAUUAUGUAGAUAUUAAAUAGUUGUCUCUAUACUAGCACAGCAUUCAACUGAAAUGCUCUUUCUCAAUGUAAGUGAAGGAGUUGCUUCUUUUUUUUUCUUCUUUAUUCAAUCACUAUUAAGAUGGACAAGGUUCCACACGAAAGAGACGCACCUUCUUCACCAAUAAAAAAAGAUGUAAAUUAGCAUAAUUAUGUGGCGCUGAAGUUGCAUUAGAUAAUAUUUUCUGUAUAAAAAGUACCAUCGCAGCGUGGAUUUCUCUCAGUCUUCAUCCAAGAGAUUAGUGUGUUAGUUUUGAUUUAAAUAAAUAAAAUGGUAAUAAUUUUUGCAUACAAAAAAUUGUAAUAAAUAUUCUAGAUUUUUGUGUGAACAAUUUUUUUUAGUAUUAACCAGUGGAAGAAGGAAUCUAAAUGAAUAAAAUGAGAUAAUUUUAAAUACUGAAAAA